AUGAAUUAAGAAGUGGAUAUCAAAGAGGCAAAAGAAUAGAGAGAGUAAAUUGAGUAGGAAUCUGAUGAGAAUGAGAGAAAUGAUAAAAAAGAGUCAAAUUUGUAAUAAUAAGAGUAGAAAAAAAAGAAAAAGAAAAAUAAAAAGAAGAAGAAAUGGGGAGAAGAAGGUAAUUGUAAAUAAGAUAAUUAGAGGAAAUUCUGACUGAUUUUGAUGAUGAUUGGUAGAAUAAGGUUAAGAGUUCUAAGAUUUUAUAAGAUCCUGAUUUACCUUAACAUAUAAAAGAGAAAUAUGCAAUAUAUGAGAAUAAUCCUUAUAUGAUGAUAGUAUCAAAUGUUCCUUUGAAUGUAUAACUAAAAGAAUUGGAGGAAUAUUUUAAUACACUUAUUACAUCACUAGAUCCAAAAAUAAGUAUUUGUAAAAUAAUAUAUAAGCUGAAAGACCUAUAAAGACAAUAGAAUAUGGAGCUACAAAAUCAUGGGUUGUUUUGGAAUGUAGUUCUAAGGAAGCUAAGAGAGCAUUAGUAACUUAAGAUUAAGUUUAAUUUGUGAAUAAUUGUAAAAUAAAAGUAGAGAGACCACGAAAGUUUCUAGAAAGGAUUUUAAAUCCAUAAUCAAGGGAAGGGGAGUUAAAUGCUGAAUAGAAAUAAGAAGAUAAUACAAGAUUGUAUUUAGGAGGAUUACCAACUUAUUUGAGAGAUGAGGAUGUUAUGAAAUUAAUUUAAUCUUUUGGAACAACUAAAUAUUUUAAUUUAGUUAAGGAUACUACAUCUAAUACAGAGAUAUCAAAAGGAUAUUGUUUUUUUGAAUAUGAAAAUACAGUUUCAACAGCAAAAGCUUUAAAAGCAUUAAAUAAUUUAUAGAUUGGGGACAAGAAAUUAAAAAUAUGUAAAGUUUAAGGAGAACCUUAACAAAAUAAAAAAAUUAAUGGAAGAGAUUAACCUUCAAAUUAUGCUGGUUCAUUUUUAGCAUCUUGUGAUUUAUUAAGAAUGCCAUAAGUAUAAUAGAUGUUAACAAUUCCUUAAUCUUCUUUGAUACCUAGUAAGGUUGUACAAUUUUUAAAUAUGGUAUAAAUUAUAUGAUAUAAUGAUAGUGUUCAGUUGAGGAUUUGUAUGAAGAUGAUAUUUAUGAAGAGUUAAUGGAAGAUAUUAGAAGUGAAUGUAUACGUUAUGGAUAAAUUGAAAAAAUAGAAAUACCAAGACCAGAUAAAGAAUCAGGGUAAUUAAUACUAUAUAAUUUAGAUUUUGUAAUCCAGCUGUAGGAAAGAUAUUUGUUAAAUUUUAUUAUUAAAUACCUGCAAAGAAAGCUAAAUUUCAUCUUGCUGGUCGUACAUAUAAUAGGAGAACUGUUAUUACUUCUUUUUAUCCAGAAGAAUAAUUUGAUUAUAAGGAUUAUUUAAUAAAUGGAUGA